AUGGCUGCCAUCGAGAGUUUUGACAAUAUCUACUUGGAUCUGUCCAAGGAGAGCGGAAAGUCGAGAUUCGCGGAAAAUGGCUUGGGAUGGAAACCUGCGGGUGGCGGCGAAGCGUUCACUCUUGACUCGAGCAACAUCGGCGGUGCUCAAUGGAGCAGGGCGGCGAGGGGCUAUGAGGUCAAAAUCCUGUUGCGAAGCUCUGGCGUAGUUCAGCUCGACGGUUUCCACCAAGAAGAUUACGAGCGCCUUAGCAAGAUCUUCAAGAACUGGUACAGCGUGAACCUCGAGAACAAGGAACACUCUCUGAGAGGAUGGAACUGGGGCAAGGCUGAGUUUAGCAAAGCCGAGCUUACUUUCAACGUCCAAAACCGACCGGCCUUUGAGAUUCCUUACUCCGAGAUUUCCAAUACAAAUCUUGCCGGAAGGAACGAAAUCGCAGUCGAGUUCGCCGGCAACGAUGGCGGCAAGUCGAACGGUCACAGCGGAACAGGCGGAAAGGGCAAGAAGGCGUCGGCCGGCAAGGAUCAGCUGGUCGAGGUGCGCUUCUACAUCCCUGGAACAACAACACGAAAGGAGGCCGAGGGUGGUGAGGCUGGUAGCGACGCCGAUGAAGAAGAGAAGAACGCCGUGACUCUGUUCUACGACACCCUUAUUGAGAAGGCCGAGAUUGGUGAGACGGCGGGUGAUACUAUCGCUACAUUCCUCGAUGUGCUACAUCUCACCCCCAGAGGACGUUUCGACAUCGACAUGUACGAUGCUUCCUUCCGUCUCCGUGGCAAAACAUACGACUACAAGAUCCAGUACGAUGCUAUCAAGAAAUUUAUGGUGCUCCCCAAGCCGGACGACCUCCAUUUCUUGCUUUGCAUUGGUCUCGACCCGCCCCUUCGUCAAGGUCAAACACGUUAUCCAUUUGUGGUGAUGCAGUUCAAGGCGGACGAAGAGGUGACUCUUGACCUGAACAUCACUGAGGAGGAACUCAACGGAAAAUACAAGGACAAGCUUCAGAGCCACUACGAGCAACCACUUCAUCAGGUUGUGGCGUACAUUUUCAAGGGACUUGCGAACAAGAAAGUCACUACACCCGCCAAGGACUUUACAACGCACCGUCAGCAGUACGGCAUCAAGUGCUCUAUCAAAGCCAGUGAAGGAUUCCUCUACUGCUUGGAGAAGGCGUUUAUGUUUGUCCCCAAGCCGGCCACGUACAUCUCAUACGAACAGACACAGUCCAUUACGUUUUCACGCGUGGGCGGCGCGGUCUCGGCACUGUCGACAUUCGACAUUACAGUCCACAUGAAAAACGGCGCGGGCUCAUCCCAAUUCAGCAACAUUAACCGUGAAGACUUGAAGGCUCUCGAGGAAUUUUUCAAGCUCAAAGGACUGCGUGUCAAGAACGAAAUUGAUGAUGACACCAACCUUAUUUCCGCCGCCUUGGGCGAUGACGACAUGGCUAGCUCGGACGAAGAGGCUGUCGGCCCAAAGGCUGAUCGUGGCUCCGCUGACGAGGAUGAGGAGAGCGUGGAUGAGGACUUCCAGGCUGAGUCCGAAAGCGACGUGGCGGAGGAAUACGACAGCAACCAUGAGAGUGAUGGGUCGGGCAGCGAGGAGAGCGACGUCGAUAAUCGGGUCGAUGAUGAGGAUGAGGAUAUGGAUGAUGACGAGGGAGAGAAGCGCCCCAAGAAGAAGAAGAAGACGGCUUAGGUUUAUUUUCCAUGUUGGCGCGUCGUUACUUGUUUGAUUAAAAAGCCAGAUCACAGGCUGGAAGGCAGGCAGGCAGCUGGGUAUUUGGGGCGUUCCGGUACUUUCGUGACACGAAUAUGUGUUAAUUCUGUAUUUUCUCUACCUCAUAUCGAUGCGAUGCUUGGGCGUCAAAGAAGACAUUCCCAACGG